AUGAAAGACUAUUCCACACACAACUCCUCUUCCCUUCUCUUCUCUACCAUCCGAAUUUUCAACGACCUCGCUUUCUUCCUUUCCUUGCUACACUCAUUCUUCCUUCUACCCUUUUUCUUUUCUCUCCGAUUUCCUCUAUCUCUUCAUUUCACAAUACUCUUUGUUUCCAUAGCUGCAUUCUCAGUUCCUUCACUCUCUUUUUCCUUUGCUUCCGUUCCCCUCUCUGUCACUUUCAAUGAAGCUUCACUCUGUGGGUGA